AAAUAUUUCUUUCAAUCCAUAAUCCAUUACCCUCUAUUUCUUAAUUUUUCUUGUCUUUUUUGAUAAAUACUGUUAAACUUUUUGUUUUAUUUUAUGUCACUUUCUGGGGGAUAGUUGUCAAUCAUUCCCUCUUUUUAUUCUGCUACAUUACUCUUAAACAGCAACUACUAUAACGACGUUUUUCCUAGAUUUCCAACAUUUUUGUUUUUUUUUGGAGCAGAAAAAACUUCAGCAUCUUGCUAUCCAGUUCUUCAAUUUGAUCAAGUAAGGUGUAAAGUUUACAUCUUUAUGUAGUUUCUUUUCUAAUUCUGGGUAUUUGAUUUAUUUUUCUUCUUUACUUCUGCUGUUUCUUUCAGUUUCUGUAUCGAAAUGUUAGAACAUCAUAAACCCUUCAAUUUGAUCUCUUUUCAAUGUUACAUUAUUGUUAAAUGUCUAAUUUCUCAGCUUCCCUUUGAAUUUACCCAUCUAUUUUGCUGGGUUUUUCGUUGAAUCUUUGUGGGUUUUUGCUGAAUUGGGUAUUGUAUUAUUCAGAACCCUGAACUUUUUGUGAGUUUAUGAGCUCAAUUUCUCUGCUUUUGUUCAUGUCUUGCAUACCCAUCCAGGUUUUUUCUUCAAUUUGUUCAAUAUCAAACUGUGUUAUUGUGUGUUUUUUUUGAUUGAAUCUACUGGAUGGGUAUUUGAUCUGUUUGUCUUCAGUCAUCCUACUUGAGAACCUAUUGGUUUUUAACCUUGGUUAAGAUCCAAAACUCUGUUUAGUAAUGAAAUUGUCUCUGAUGGUAAAGGGUGAACUCAAAAUGGUCAUGUGGGUGUUGUUUAUGGUGUUUGUAGCUUCCUUUCUAGAGAAGGGUAAUGCUGCUGCAACUAAUUACCUCAUAGAUUGUGGAUCCCCUCGGAAUACCACGGUUGGUGUUCGUGAUUUCGUUGCUGAUCACUACACCUCCAAAUUUCUUUCCACUCCACAAAAUAUUUUGAGGAAUACUACUGCUAAUUCUAUCAAUUCCUCAUCCAAUUUGCCAGUUUAUCAAACUGCCAGAAUUUUUGCUGGAAAAUCGAAGUACACAUUACCCAUCUCACAGACGGGAAGACACUUCAUUCGCCUUUAUUUUUUCCCGUUUGAUCAUGGAACUUACCAUUUGAGCACAGCUAGCUUUAGUGUUUCAGCUCAACAAUUUAUGCUCCUCAGUGAUUAUAAUCCAGGGAGUUCUCCUUUGAUGAAAGAAUACUCGGUGAAUGUGACAUCGAAAACCCUUGUUAUCACCUUCAUCCCAUCAGAAAACUCAUUUGCUUUCCUAAAUGCAAUGGAAGUUGUUUCCGUCCCAGAUUCACUCAUCGUAGAUGAUGCCAACUUAGUCAAUCCAACAGAGAGCUAUAGCGGCCUAGUGACACAAGCACUCGAGACAGUUGUGAGGGUAAAUAUGGGAGGACCAUUUAUCAGCUACAAUAACGAUACGCUCUGGAGAACCUGGGUUACUGAUGAUGUUUUCUUGUUGAAUAAUGCUUCUGCUGUUGUCGUAAAUCAUGCUGGAGGGGUCAGGUAUGCCCCAGGCCAUGCAACAAGGUAUAGUGCUCCAGUUAAUGUUUACGGCACAGCCAAAGAGAUGAACUCAAUCAAUGACCCCACGUCUAAUUUCAAUGUCACGUGGGAGUUUAAGGUGGAGAGGGGAUUUCAGUAUCUUGUGCGCUUUCACCUUUGUGAUAUAGUGAGUAAAGCCUUGAACGAGUUGUAUUUUAAUGUUUAUAUUGGCCCCUGGAUUGUUUCUCAUGAUACCGACCUUAGUUCUGUGACGGGUGCUUUAGCCACCCCGGUUUUUGUUGAUGCUAUUACACCGUUGGUAACUACCAACAAGCUUCGAAUAGCCAUUGGCCCGUCAACUAUAACUAAUGUGUACCCGGAUGCAAUCUUGAAUGGUCUGGAGAUCAUGAAGCUCAAUAAUUCUAUGGCCAGCCUCAGUGGGAAUGUUCAGGUCAACUUUCCUUCAGAAAAGAGCUCAAAAGUUGGGGUAGGGCUGAUAGCGGGUGUCACCGUUGGAGGUGUUUGUGUUGUCGUAUUAAUGGCUAUCCUUUUCAUCUUCUGCUGUAAAAGAAGAAGUAAACUUGCACAUCCAAGUCCUUCAAAAUCCUGGAUUCCUCUGUCCCUUACUGGAGGGACUUCCCACUCAAUGGGGAGCAAAUACUCCAAUGCUACUGCUACAAGUGUUGAUUUCAACUUUAGUUAUCGGAUUCCUUUUGCAGCAGUUCAAGAAGCCACAAACAGUUUUGAUGAGAGUUUAGUUAUUGGAAUUGGUGGCUUCGGGAAAGUGUACAAAGGAGUCUUAGGUGAUGGUACAAAAGUUGCUGUCAAGAGAGGUAAUCCUCGUUCCCAACAAGGUCUUGCAGAGUUCAGAACUGAAAUUGAAAUGCUCUCACAGUUCCGCCAUCGGCACUUGGUUUCAUUAAUUGGGUAUUGUGAUGAAAAGAACGAGAUGAUUUUGAUUUACGAGUAUAUGGAAAAUGGGACUGUUAAGAGUCAUCUCUAUGGCUCAGGAAAUCCUAGCUUGAGUUGGAAGCAGAGGCUCGAGAUAUGCAUUGGGGCUGCUAGAGGGCUCCAUUACCUUCAUACCGGCUAUGCAAAAGCUGUAAUCCAUCGUGAUGUAAAAUCUGCUAACAUCUUGCUUGACGAAAACCUCAUGGCUAAAGUCGCUGAUUUUGGGCUUUCAAAGACAGGACCUGAGAUCGAUCAGACCCAUGUUAGUACAGCUGUCAAGGGUAGUUUUGGAUAUCUUGAUCCCGAAUACUUCAGGAGGCAACAACUUACUGAAAAGUCAGAUGUGUACUCAUUUGGGGUGGUCUUGUUUGAAGUACUUUGUGCAAGGCCGGUUAUAGACCCAACACUUCCUAGGGAGAUGGUGAAUUUAGCUGAAUGGGUGAUGAAAUGGCAUAAGAAAGGGCAAUUGGAUCACGUUGUAGAUCCCAGUCUUGCAGGAAAGAUAAAACCCGAGUCUCUCAGAAAGUUCGGAGAAACAGCUGAGAAGUGUUUGGCUGAUUACGGUGUUGAUAGGCCUACAAUUGGCGACGUGUUAUGGAACUUGGAAUACACUCUUCAACUUCAAGAAGCAGUUAUUCUAGAUGACUCUGAAGAUAACAGCACCAAUGUGAUUGGCACUCUUUCUCCUCAAGUACACAAUUUUAGUGAGAAUGAUAUCAGUGUUACUUCUGGAACACAGGGUGAUGAGGAUCAUUCGGGUGUUUCAAUAAGUAAGGUUUUCUCACAAAUAGUUCACACCGAGGGUCGUUGAUUAAUCAAGCUCUCUAAGGGAUUGUUUGGAACAAAAUAAUUGCCAUUUUGUACAAAAGGUUAUUGUUAGAACUUAGAAGCAUGAACAACUGUUCUAUAUGAGUUCUGAAACCUGUGAUAUAACAUUUAUUACCAUAUUUUUAGCUUUCAUUUUUUAUGGCAGUAAAAAAAAUGUUCCCAAUUUGUAUUUUUUCAUCAUCCGUGUAAUAAUCUUUUUCCUUGGUGCUUAAAAUAACAAUAUCAGUGAAUUUGUCAAUGUCAUUAUAGAUUUUCAUACUCAAAUUGUAUCCUUUGUAGCAAAAUGUAAUGAUAAAUGUGCAUUGUUGUUGGA